UACGUGGGCCUUCAUCAUGUGCGCGACUCUCCACUCCAAUAAAACUGUACCCUCUCCCCCAAUUAUUUAGGGUUUCACUCCAGAGUCCAGUCCAGCUCCACCAUUUUCAAUCUCUCUCCCUCUCUCAACUGAUGGCAAAGACAAAACCAGGCAAAAAAGACCUCGACACGUACGCAAUCAAAGGCACCAACAAAGUCGUCCGACCUGGAGACUGCGUGUUGCUCCGCCCCUCAGAUUCCGACAAGGCUCCCUAUGUGGCGCGAGUAGAGAAGCUGGAGGCCGAUCACCGCAGCAACGUCAAAGUCAGGGUUCGUUGGUACUACCGCCCCGAGGAAUCUCAAGGCGGUCGCCGUCAAUUCCAUGGAGCAAAAGAGCUGUUUUUAUCGGACCACUACGAUGUGCAAAGUGCGCAUACGAUAGAAGGGAAGUGCAUUGUGCAUUCUUUCAAGAAUUAUACUAAGCUUGAGAAUGUAGGGACUGAGGAUUACUUUUGUCGGUUUGAAUACAAGGCUUCUACUGGGGGUUUUAUUCCCGAUCGUGUUGCUGUGUAUUGCAAGUGUGAAAUGCCAUACAAUCCGGAUGAUCUCAUGGUACAAUGCGAAGGCUGCAAAGACUGGUUCCAUCCUUCUUGUAUGGGCAUGACCAUUGAAGAAGCAAGAAAGUUGGAACAAUUCAUUUGUGCGGAUUGUGCAUCUGAAGAGGAUUCCAAAAGAUCCUUGAACUCAUUGCCACUAUCAAAUGGUGAGGCUAAGGUGGAACCCAAGCGCAGGAAGAGAUGACUGAGUGUGAUACUUAAUCUGAAGUCUCAUUUCCUAGCUGCAUUAGCUCCAUUGCUGCUGUUGUGUAGUUGAUUUGUAUAGCGCAGAGAAGAGGUAGCAUGCUGGACUGGGACAUGACACUAAAUUUCACUUAGACUGAAACUAUCUGUGUACCAAUUGGAGAUUUUCCUUUCCUGUGGUAGUAGUUAUGUGUUAUUAUUUUUUUUAAAAAAAUUCCUUCUCUAAAUUAAGGGAAAAGAGUAAACAAGCAGUUGCGGAACCACCUGAUUGCCAUAGCUGGAUGCUUGAAAAUUUGAAUCAUUAUGUCAGUUUCUUUGUCUAA